ACAUUAUUUCAGAAACACACUGGACGUUUGGAGACUUCUGGUAAAACCACCUUGAAUUACUGCAGACUCUGUAGACCCGGGUUGUACUGGUCCUCCCAAGAUGGCAAGCACCGCAGCAGAUCUGGCCCGGUUGAAGACCCGCGAGGAGGAAGGCAGCCUGAAGGCAGUCCGGUUCCAGCAGCAGGACUUCCACCAGCUACGGGCUGAGAGUCUGAAGAGUGGAGAGCUGUUCUGUGACCCGUUUUUUCCCGCAGACUGCGAGACUCUGGGGUUCAACACACUGGGUCGUUACUUCUCCAGAACCAGAGGCAUCGAGUGGAAGAGACCAACGGAGCUGAGUUCUGACCCUCAAUUCAUCGUUGAUGGAGCGAAAAGAACAGACAUCUGUCAGGGAACGCUGGGUGACUGCUGGCUGCUGGCGGCCCUUGCCUCUUUGACUCUGGACCCCCAGAUUUUGGACAGAGUGGUACCUCUCGGACAAAGCUUCAGCUCGCAGUAUGCCGGGAUAUUCCACUUCCAGCUGUGGCGUUUCGGGGAGUGGGUGGACGUUGUGAUCGACGACCGGCUGCCGGUCAGAGAAGGGAAGCUGCUGUUCGUUCACUCUGCUGAGGGGAGGGAGUUCUGGAGCGCUCUGCUGGAGAAAGCCUACGCCAAGGUGAGUGGCUCCUACGAGGCUCUGACCGGAGGCUCCAGCAUCGAGGGGUUCGAGGAUUUCACCGGAGGAAUCUCUGAGAGCUACGAUCUGAAGAAGGCCCCACCCACCCUGUUCCACAUUAUGAGGAGGGGUCUGAAGCUGGGCUCCUUGAUGGGCUGCUCCAUCGACAUCUCCAGCUCACCUGAGACGGAGGCUGUUACUGGGCAGAAACUGGUCAAAGGUCACGCUUACUCCAUCACUGCAGUGCGGCAGCGAGCUCCUCCCCUCAACAGGAUGUGCUACGCUGACUUCCUGCGUCAGUUUUCCCGCCUGGACAUCUGCAACCUGAGCCCGGACACGCUGAGCGGCGAGGGAAGGGGGCUCUGGAGCUACAUGCAGUUUGAGGGCGUCUGGGGUGUGGGGUCCACCGCAGGGGGGUGUAGGAAUUACCCAGCCACGUUCUGCUCCAACCCUCAGUUCCUGGUCCGGCUGCUGGAGGAGGACGAGGACCUGCAGGAGGGGGAGGAGGGCUGCACCCUGAUCCUCGGUCUGAUGCAGAGAGACGCUCGCAGAGAGAGGCGCUACGGGGGGGAGCUCAACACCAUCGGGUUCUCCCUCUACAGGGUUCCUGAUGAGUAUAAAGGUAGCGGUCCGGUGCACCUGGGUCCGGAGGUCUUGCUUCGUGAGGCACCGGUGACUCGUAGCAGGAGCUUCAUUAACCUGAGGGAGGUGUGUGAGCUCUUCGUUCUGCCGCCCGGAGAGUACGCCGUCAUCCCCUCCACUUUCGAGCCGCAUCGCAAGGGCAGCUUCGUGCUGAGGGUGUUUACCGAGAAGCACGCACACUCCGGACCACUGGAAGAGGAGCUGAAAGCAGACAUCCAGGAGAUUGACGAAGAAGAGAGAGAUGUGGACCCUCACUUCAGACGUCUCUUUCUGCAAAUAUCUGGAAACGACUCUGAGGACUCUGCCUUCGAGCUCCAACACAUACUGGACAGAGUGGUUUCUCAGAGGUCGGAUGUGAAGACAGACGGCUUCAGUCUGCAGACCUGCAGAGACAUCAUCAGUCUGUUGGACACGGACGGCAGCAACAAGCUGGGCCUGAAGGAGUUUCACGGUCUGUGGACCAGGAUCCAGAAAUACUUGGAAGUCUUUCAGAUGUUUGAUUCGGAUGCUUCUGGAACGAUGAGCAGUCACGAGAUGAGAGCCGCUGUGACUGCAGCAGAGAUGUUCAAAACUCUGGACGUGAAGAAGGAGGGGAAGAUCCACCUGGACCUGCAGCAGUGGCUGUGCCUCACCAUCAGCUGACCUCUCCCCCUCGUGGUGCAUGCUGGGAGUUUGAACCGUCUCUUUGACUGUAAUUGAGAAUAAAACUCCUCAUCAGAACCGAGUCUCUCUUUGUUCGUCUUUAAAUCUUUUAUGCAGCCAUUGUGUCACUGCUCUGAAUCAGGAAUCCCUGGGCUCGUUGGAACGUGACCUCGGGGUGAAGAGCUUUCUGGAGGUAGAACCAGCACAAAGGAGGGAAAACACCUGGACCUGUGUAUCAGAUCUUAAAGGCUAACCCU